GUCAGCUGCCUGGUGGACAGACCCCAUCACCCGACUAUUGAAGAGUUUCUGCAUUGCUGUCAUUCCUGCUGGGGGUAGCUGAUAGCAAGCACCACUGAAAGAUGGCAGGAGGGAUCUUCUCCAAUGUGGGCAACCUGUUUGAGGUGGACUGUGCUAACGUCCACCCCCUGGUGUGUCACUUGUGCCAUGAGCAGUAUAAGUCCCCAUGUAUACUGGACUGCUACCAUAUCUUUUGCGCCCGCUGCCUACGAGGUCGGACCAAUGACUGCCGCCUCAGCUGCCCCCUCUGUGGAUACCACUCAAUGAUUAAAGGAAAUAAUGCCCUCCCACCAGAGGAUCGUCUGCUGAAGUUCCUCGUGGACAACAAUGCAGAUGUUGAGGAGACGGUGCUUUGUGCCAACUGUGACCAAGAAAGUAACAAAAAGGACACAGGUCUGAUGUACUACUGUAACACUUGCAGCCAGCCACUUUGUACCACCUGCCGAGAGCUGACACACAAGGCCAGAAUGUUUUCCCACCACGAGAUUGUGUCAUUGGCCAAACGCACCAAAGCCAAACACAGAAAAUGCUCUCUCCAUGAGGAGCCCUACAUCCUUUUCUCAACAGAGAAUAAAUCAAUGCUUUGCAUCAAAUGUUUCAGAGACAUGCAAGUGGAGAGUCGAACUCACUGCAUCGACAUUGAAACAGCUUAUGCUCAGGGUUGUGAGAUGUUGGACCAAGCUGUGCUGGUGGUGAAGGAGCUGCAGACCUCAACCGGAGAAGCAAUCCAUCUGCUGAGGGCAAUGAUCGGGGAAGUGCGUCUGAAUGUGGAGGAUGAAGAAAGUGCAAUUUGUAGUCUGUUCAACAGUUUGCAGGAAAGGCUAGCAGAGAGGAAAAAGACUCUGCUAAAAGCAGCUCAGAGUCAGCAUGAGGAGAAGGAGAAAGCAUUAAAGGAGCAACUGUCUCACCUCACUGCUCUACUUCCAACACUUCAGGUCCAUCUGGUCACCUGCUCAGCUUUUCUCAGCUCAGCCAACAAAUAUGAGUUUCUGGAUAUGGGAUAUCAACUCAUGGAGAGGCUGAAGAGGAUUGUGAAACUCCCUCAUCGACUGCGGCCAGUGCAAAGCAGCAAAAUCAAUACUGAGUAUAGGAGUGAGUUUGCUCGUUGUCUGGAGCCUCUGCUCCAGAUAAUAUCCCGCCGUCCUCCUUCUGUUGCUGGUUCCACAAGUGUCGUAACAAGUUCCGGACAGGGAAACUGGAGGCACAGGAGCCUAAUGGAUUGGAGGCUCCAGUCCCCUCUCUCGUUACCCUGCCACUCUCCUUCUCUCAGUGAGAUGCCGGUGGGCUCGGGGUUUGGGCGAAAGCCGACAUCUCACAGGAAUAUUUGCACUAAGGUUCUCCUGGCUGAGGGCAGGGAAACCCCCUUCACUGAGCACUGCCGCAACUACGAGAACUCCUACCGGACUCUGCAGACAGAGAUUCAGAAUCUGAAGGACCAGGUUCAGGAGAUGCACAGAGACUUGACCAAGCACCAUUCCAUCAUCAACACAGAUAAAAUGGGAGAGAUCUUGGACAGAUCCCUGAAUAUUGACAAUCAGAUUGCUGCUGAGUAUUCCACUGUGGAAACCAUGAGAGUUAUGUUUGAAGAGAUCUGGGAUGAAACUUUGCAGAUGGUGAAUAACGAGCAGGAGAUCUAUGAAGCUCAGCUAUAUGACCUGAUGCAGCUGAAACAGGAGAACUCUUACUUAACCACUAUCGCCAGACAGAUCAGCCCUUACAUCUUGUCCAUCGCUAAAGUCAAAGAGAGGCUCGAGCCCAGGUUUCAGGAGCCUAAGGAGCAUCUUGAUGAUCGCACCGAAACGAUGCUGAAAAUCUAUGAGGACAGCACAGUCCCAAAGGACAGUCAAGACAGCGACAAGCAGAGUUAUGUCACAGAUCAAGACAGAAACAAGAACAGCCGCAACCUGAUGCUGGAGCCAGCAGAGAUUUCUGUGAAGAGCAGUCGAGCCGGCAGGCAGCGGGGUCCUGUGGAGACGUCCAGUAAAAAUGACAUUCCUUCGUAAACACCAUGUCAUUUCUUUUCUGACCCGGGUCCCUUCUCCAGUGGAACAGCAUGCCUUAAUUCAGCCAUAACAAGCCCAGGAUGGUAUAUGAUGUCCUCGCCUGCUGACAUAUAGAGCAGUACAUGACAUUUUCUCUGCAGCAAGCUGUCAACAGCUCCAAGGUGAGCUCUUGGAUUGACGCUAACUGGAUAUACGUGAAGGCCGGAAACUCAGUUGUUUGAAUCCAAUGUUGACAAUCUUCUUUGUUCAUCGAGAGCAAAGAUAACAGCACUGCAGAAAAUUACUUUAUAUAGUGUAAUGAACCACCUUAUUAAAGGAGAGAGAGAUAGACUAAAUUCUGACCUCUCAGGAUUAUGUUUUCAUGUUGUAUUUCUAAAAUGUUAACAAUGUGAAAAGUACAGUUGUAUGGGUUUGCUUUUUGCACAAUGUAUUCAUUGCAUAAGUCACUUUUAUGAUGGGUUGUUGUGAUAAAUCACGUAUGACAGGCAAGUUUAGUUUCCUCAAAAGACUGUUGGAAAACCUGUGACUGCACAUUAUUGCAAAUGAAAAUGUAUGUUGAUUGUGGCAUAUUUGAGGGCAUAUUAGAGACGUCAUUUGAAUCAUGCUCUGCGUCCUUUAAAAUAAAGCAACGUGUUGACACUUUUUGGCAUGCAGUUGCUAUAUGGAAAAGUUUAAUAGUGCGACUGGAAACGUUACACAUAGAUAGAACAAGUUUUAUUUUUUUUCCCCACAUCAUUUUUACCUUCUAUCAUCCUGCUGAUCAAGUUAUCACAAUAUUCUGUGUGAAAUCUAUUUGAUCUCCCUCUCACGUGUUUCACACGUCUCGGUGUUUGAUGAUUCAUCAGCAGUCUUAAAUAAAAUGUAGCCCCAUU